AUGUCUGCAGAUACCGAUACCGAACCCGACUCAGACAUCCCACCUGCUGAAGAAAUGCCGUCAACGGCUUUGGCCUUGACGCCAGGCCUGUCGUCCUUCUUGAAGUCUCUCAAGACAAACCCGAUAGACACUUCUAUUGAGAACCUGGUCUCGCUGCUCAAGCGUCGUCAAAUUCGCCAUUCUCGAUCAUGCGCAACCGCAACUGCCUACCUUCUUCUCCGCGUGGUGUCAGCAUGCCGAACAUCCGAAUCUGCAAAGCUCAUUGAGCGCGUGCAGAGUGUGGGCAGAAGCCUCAUGGCUGCGCAGCCACGGGAGAUGGUAGUGGGCAACAUUGUGCGACGAGUCCUCGGCCUCAUUCGUGACGAAGCGGAAGAUGAUCGCGAUGCCGAAUUUUCUCUUAGUGAAGCUGGCUCUGAGAGUCAGUGUCAAACUCCUCGUGCCUAUGAUGAUCCGUCACUGCCUUUGGAUCGUGAUAUGCUCGGUCUCCGACAGGAGAGCUCUGAUCGCACCUCGCGCCCUCCUCUAACAUCAAUGUUCAGCCUUCUUUCCCACCCUGAGCCUGAAACAUCUCUCCCCAGCACUCCCGGCACUCAAUCUCCAAGUGGACGUGUCGCCGGCCACAGCGUCAGCAAGGACGUACGGGCUGAAGUCCUGGAAGGUAUCAACGAGAUCAUUGAUGAGCUGGGUCAAGUAGAUGACCAGAUUGCCGCUUAUGCGCUGGAACACAUUCAUUCUAACGAGGUCAUCCUCACACACACCUCCUCCACAACGGUGCAGAAGUUCCUGCUCAAAGCUGCGAUUAAGCGCAAGUUCACAGUCAUUCACGCUGAAUCAUUCCCCAAUAACCACGAUGCCACACAUGCUACUGUUAGCGGAAAUAAUCCCGGAGAUGACGAGAAUCUCACUUUUGAUUCCUUCCAAAAGCCACUGGUCGCUCUCGGCAUUACUGUGAUUCUUAUACCUGACUCAGCCGUCUUUGCCCUCAUGUCUCGUGUCAACAAGGUCAUCUUGGGUACUCAUUCUGUCCUUGCUAACGGUGGCCUUGUUGCUGCUGCCGGUACCCGAGUUAUUGCCCGAGCUGCCAAGGUUCACCAGACCCCUGUCGUUGUUGUCAGUGGUGUCUAUAAACUGAGCCCUGUCUACCCAUUCGACUUUGACUCACUCAUUGAGUAUGGCGAUGCCAGCAAGGUUUUACCUUUCGAGGAUGCAGACCUUGUCGAAAACAUUGAUGUCCAGAAUCCCAUUUACGACUAUGUCCCGGCAGAGCUGGUUGAUCUGUACAUCACCAACCUGGGUGGCCAUGCUCCUUCAUACCUCUACCGUAUCGUGUCUGAUCACUACCGUAAAGAGGACAUCAGCUUCUAA